AAUGAGGGGUAUUCUAUCUUUAUGAAUAUCCCAUCUUCAGAAUCAGAGCUGAUCGCAGUCCUCGUCCAAAGCUCAAGCGUUUCAACUUUCAAUUGCAUUUUACCGGCAAAUUUGUGGUGUUUCUGUUAGGAUUUGUGUUUGAUUCGUGUCUGAAAAUGGAAGGUGUUGACUACUUGGCUCCUGAGAGGAACAAGGCACAAUUUGAUGUCGAAGAGAUGAAGAUCGUCUGGGCCGGUUCUCGUGAUGCUUUUGAAGUUUCCGAUAGAAUUGCCCGCCUUGUUGCCAGCGAUCCCGCUUUCAGAAAGGAUAAUAGGACCAUGCUAGGUAGAAAGGAAUUAUUCAAGAACACUUUACGGAAAACAGCUUCUGCUUGGAAAAGGAUCAUUGAGCUCCGUCUUAACGAAGAAGAAGCUAGAAGACUUAGAUCCUUUAUUGAUGAGCCUGCAUUUACAGAUCUUCAUUGGGGAAUGUUUGUGCCAGCUAUCAAAGGCCAAGGCACUGAUGAGCAGCAGCAAAAGUGGCUGCCUUUAGCUUAUAAGAUGCAAAUCAUUGGUUCUUAUGCCCAGACAGAGCUUGGCCAUGGAUCCAAUGUUCAAGGGCUUGAAACAACUGCAACCUUUGAUCCCCAAACGGAUGAGUUUGUUAUUCAUAGCCCCACAUUAACUUCCUGUAAAUGGUGGCCUGGUGGAUUGGGUAAAAUCUCAACCCAUGCUGUUGUCUAUGCCCGUCUAAUUACUGAUGGUCAAGAUCGGGGGGUGCAUGGUUUCAUUGUCCAGCUCCGGAGCUUGGAUGACCACUUACCUCUUCCUGGAAUAACAGUGGGUGACAUUGGAAUGAAGUUUGGAAAUGCAGCUUACAACACCAUGGACAAUGGGGUUCUUAGAUUUGACCAUGUACGGAUUCCGAGGAAUCAAAUGUUAAUGAGGGUUUCACAAGUGACAAGAGAAGGAAAAUAUGUUCAUUCCAAUGUUCCACGACAGUUAGUCUAUGGUACUAUGGUAUAUGUGAGGCAAACAAUUGUGUCAGAUGCAUCAACUGCUUUGUCACGAGCAGUUUGCAUUGCUACAAGGUAUAGUGCUGUUCGAAGGCAGUUUGGAUCACAUAAUGGAAGUCCAGAAACACAGGUAAUUGAUUACAAGACCCAGCAAGCUAGGCUCUUCCCUUUGCUGGCUUCUGCUUAUGCUUUCAGAUUUGUUGGUGAGUGGUUGAAAUGGCUAUAUAUGGAUGUGACAAGAAGACUGGAAGCUAAUGAUUUUUUAACAUUGCCUGAGGCUCAUGCUUGUACUGCUGGGUUGAAGUCCUUGACUACUUCAGCAACUGCUGAUGGUAUUGAAGAGUGUCGUAAACUAUGCGGUGGGCAUGGCUACCUUUGUAGCAGUGGGCUUCCUGAGUUAUUUGCAGUCUAUGUUCCAGCCUGCACUUAUGAAGGCGACAACAUUGUGCUACUUUUACAGGUGGCAAGGCAUCUCAUGAAGACCAUUUCUCAGUUGGGCUCUGGAAAAAUGCCUGUUGGCACAACAGCUUAUAUGAGACGAGCAGAACAUCUGAUGCAAUGUCGAUCUGAUGUUAAAGAAGCUAAGGAUUGGUUGAGGCCAAAUGUAGUGCUGGAAACAUUUGAAGCUAGGGCUGUUAGGAUGUCUGUUGCCUGCGCUAAAAAUCUUAGCAAGUUUACCAGUCCAGAAGAAGGGUUCCAAGAACUCUCAGCUGAUCUAGUUGAGGCAGCAGUUGCUCAUUGCCAGUUAAUUGUUGUUGCCAAAUUCAUUGAGAAGUUGCAACAAGACAUACCUGGAAAAGGAGUGAAACAGCAAUUAGAAAUUCUAUGUAGCGUAUAUGCUCUGUUUCUCCUUCACAAGCAUCAGGGUGACUUUCUCUCCACUGGCUGCAUCACUCCCACACAAGCUUCUCUUGCCAAUGAUCAGCUGAGGUCCUUGUAUUCCCAGGUUCGUCCUAAUGCUAUCGCGCUAGUGGAUGCGUUCAAUCACACCGAUCACUACCUUGGUUCAGUUCUUGGCCGCUACGACGGAAACGUGUAUCCCAAGCUAUACGAAGAGGCAUGGAAGGAUCCCCUGAAUGAUUCAGUGAUACCUGAUGGCUUUCAAGAGUAUGUUCGACCAAUGCUGAAGCAGCAACUACGUAAUGCAAGACUCUGAAACAUUACAAAGCUUUGGUUCUCAGACUCAAAACCUAAGAAGAAAUUGAUGUACACUAUGUUGAUUUUGAUUGAAAAGGCAAAUAAAGAUCAAGGUAUGGAGAAAGAAAAUUGUUCAUUGCGUAAACACUAAUGGUGAUUUAGUGUUUAUCUGCGAAUUAUUAUCGUAUUUUGUUGUUAACUAAUAAUUUGUGAAAAGUGUCAUUAUGUAUCUCUGUUAGCAAUUGUACUCAGCUUGAGAUUCUGACGGGUACAAGUGUAUCGGAAUAAAAUCUCGUUUCAUGGUGAA